AUGUCGGCGGACGGGGGCAAGAAGGCGGCGUGGACGGAGGAGGAGGACGAGCUGCUGGACGCCGGCCGGCCCUUCACGGCCCAGGAGGACGCCGAGAUCAUCCGGAGGCAGCGCGAGUUCGGCAACAAGUGGGCCACCAUCGCGCUGCACCUCGGCGGCCGCUCCGACAACGCCAUCAAGAACCGCUGGAACUCUGCGCUGCGCAAGCAGCUGCCGAUGGUCGCCGGCGCUGACGACGGUCAUCAUCACGACGACGAUGCGGAAGAGGUCGCCGCCGAGGACGACGUCCCGGUGUGUCUCGAGCUGUUCCCAUUGACGGCCGGGAGCUUGAAGGAGGAAGCGGCGGCGGCGGCCGGGGAGGGCGAUGUGGUCACCGACCUGACGCUGGGGUUGCCGGGGGGCGAGGCGGAAGAAGCCGUCGUGGACCUGGCGCUGAGGCUCUGA